CGAGUAGCCGGCUGCUGUCUCGAGGCGAGAGGUUCCACGGCGAUUCCGAAGGUUCGACAUCCGAAGGAACCUUCUUCCAUAUUGAGCUUUGUCCUCUUUCAUGUCAAUUUCACAACAAAAGUCGAAAGAAGAGCACUUGUUGAUUUUCGUAGAUCGGACGGGGUUUGCCGUUGGAAAAUGAGCACCGAGGUAGACGAUGGGCUCGAACGGCUCAAAAUAACCGAGGAGGAGGACGUCGUCAACCCCUGGACGGUCACCAGCUCUUCGCAGGAAGGUGUCGACUACGACAAGUUGAUCAAAAGAUUUGGCAGUUCGAAAAUUGACCGGGAGCUUCUGGACCGCUGGGAAAGCGUUACGGGGAAGCCUCCCCAUCAUCUGCUUCGAAGGGGAAUCUUUUUCUCACACCGAGAUGUCCACACUAUUCUCAGCCUUGCUGAACAAGGCCGUCCGUUCUACCUUUACACCGGACGUGGGCCAUCAUCGGAUUCUAUGCAUAUUGGUCAUAUGAUUCCGUUUAUGUUUACCAAAUGGAUCCAGGAUCUAUUUGACGUCCCUCUUGUUAUCCAGUUGACUGAUGAUGAAAAGUUCCUUUGGAAAGACCUGUCUGUGGAAGAAGGCCUCAGGCUAUCUCGUGAAAACGCCAAAGACAUCAUAGCAUGUGGCUUUGACAUGGAUAAAACAUUCAUUUUUUCAAACUUCACUUACAUGGGGCAGUCCCCUGAAUUUUAUCAGAAUGUAGUGCGAAUAGAAAGGUGUGUCACUUUUAACCAAGUCAAGGGAAUUUUUGGUUUCGGUGACAGCGAUGUGAUAGGAAAAAUCAGCUUUCCAGCCAUACAAGCCGCCCCCGCACUUUCUACUUCUUUCCCGCACAUAUUCGGCCGGAAGAAGAUCCCAUGUUUAAUCCCUUGUGCAAUAGAUCAGGACCCUUACUUUAGGAUGACAAGAGAUGUCGCUCCGAGGCUCGGCUUCGCCAAACCUGCUUUGCUCCAUUCGACGUUCAUCCCCGCCCUACAAGGGGCAAACACGAAAAUGUCCGGGAGUGAUUCAAACACAGCAAUAUAUUUGACAGACACGCCAAAACAAAUAAAAACCAAAAUAAAUAAGUACGCCUUCUCUGGUGGACAAGCUAGCGUCGAGGAACACAGAAAGUUGGGUGGUGAUUGCAGAGUUGAUAUCGCAUAUCAGUAUUUAACUUUUUUCCUUGAAGAUGAUGAGAAGCUUGAAAAAAUAAAAAAAGAUUAUACAAGUGGAGAACUACUGACAGGCGAACUGAAGAAGCUACUCAUCGACCACUUACAACCCAUCAUCGCACAACACCAAGAAAGGAGGGCCAAAGUCACAGACCAGGUCGUGGCGCAGUACAUGACACCGCGUCCCCUCAACUGCUCAAAACUACCCAAGUGAGCCAGUUCCUUUUCAAUGCGUCGAUUUCAACAAAAUAUUCACCUAGUUUAGAGCUUGGUCUUCCACCGAUUGACUUGGGCCUACUACUUACUUUUCUCCUUGGAUAAAAAGCAAAAAAGUGUGGAGUGUGUUCUAUGUGUAUCCAUGAUCCAUGUGCAUUUAUAACAUUUCUAUGGUUAUCUUCCUUUAGGGUUGAGUUAUACAUGUAUAUUUGAGCUAUGAAUGUUGAAUGUUUUAUAAUUUAUUAAUUUUUUUAUUUUAUUGCAAUUGGGUGAUUUUUUAAAAUAAAAAACAAUUUUUAUUUA